CCCCCAAGGCCGAGGUUCUAAAACUGGUUGUUAUGCUUUGGUUCUAGAAUGCUGCUUCCGGAAGGUCCCUUCCAUCCCUCGUCACUGUGGAAACUCCUCCAUCUGAAGAGCAACAAGGAACCUCCGGCCUCGCCAUUCCCUUUCUUUGGCCAGUGGCGGCCAAACCGAAAGAUGCGAACGGUGUCGUGCUCAGAGCCCCUCGCUUAGAGCCCCCCCUCCGUCCUGGAGCGGAUGUGUUUACCUGGACUCCGGUUCAGUUGGCGCUCCCCCCGGCUCUGGUGCGGAGACUGCUCUUUUGCCCACCUCUGCAGGGCCGUUGUUCUGCCCUCUCCUGAGCGCCGUCUGUGCCAUGAAGAGCUUCUCCAAGCGUGAGGCUGACCGGAGAAUGUUCCUGGAGCAGGUUCGGGAGAGCAAGGAGAACGGCUACCUCCUCUCUUCCAAGAAGAUCGGCUCGGGGGCUUUCUCUAAAGUCUACCUGGGUUACGCCACCCAAGAAAAGCUGAUGCAGAAUUACAAGCUGGCCUCAGACCUCCGCAGCAAGAGGCACUCCAUGGUUGCUAUAAAGAUCAUCUCAACGGCAGAAGCUCCUGUAGAAUAUACCAAAAAGUUCCUUCCAAGAGAAAUCUACUCCCUCAAUGUUACCUACAAGCACUUAAAUGUUAUUCAGCUCUACGAGAUGUACCGGAACAGCAAGCGCACCUACCUCGUCCUGGAGCUGGCCUCCAGGGGAGACCUCCUGGAGCACAUCAACGCCACCUCUGACAGGAGGGAGUUCCCCGGGCUGGAGGAAGAGGAGGCACGGAGGCUCUUCCGCCAGAUCGUCAGCGCUGUGGCACACUGCCACAAUGUUGGCAUCGUCCACAGAGACCUGAAAUGUGAGAACAUCUUGCUAGAUGAACGUGGCUUCAUUAAACUAACAGAUUUUGGGUUUGCCAAUCGCUAUUCCCUGAAGAAUUCCCUCAUGAGCACUUUCUGCGGCUCCGUGGCCUACACGGCCCCGGAGAUCCUCAUGAGCAAGAAGUACAAUGGGGAGCUGGCUGACCUGUGGAGCCUUGGGGUGAUCCUCUAUGCCAUGGUGACAGGGAAGCUCCCCUUCAAGGAGCGCCAACCACACAAGAUGAUCCACGUGAUCAAACAGGGACUGGCUUUCCGGCAGCCCAUCUCACCAGAAUGUCAGAACCUCAUCGAGGGCUUGCUCCAGCUGAAGCCGGCAGCUCGCCUGGGGCUACAGCAAGUGGCCACCCACCGCUGGAUGCUGCCCGCCACCUCUGCCAUCUUCCACCGAGUGAUGAGCUCCAUUGGGGCCCAUCCGGAGUGCAGCACAAGCCAGGACAAGUCAAUAGCAGCACAAGCCGAGGCUGGAGGCUCCACGUCGCAGCUCCCAGGCCUGGAGAGCCCCACCAAGAGUGCAGAGGGGGCAGCCAAGGACAGCCAAGUCCUGCCCACCCCGCGGGCCUCCUCUGCCUCCGGCGCCUUCCCCGCCCGGCCGGUGAAGGUGGAGAAGAAGAGUGAGGUGGUGGCUGGCCCCGCCCACUGCAUCCUCCAGCUGCCCUCCCCGCGGAAGACGGAGCGGCCCCCGCGCCUCGCCCUCUACCGGCCCAGCCUGCUCACCAGCCUGCAGCCUUUCCACCACCUGCCCAACUUCCGCAAGCCUGGCUCGGCCCUCUCGGCCAGCGCCUACGUGGCCAGCAGGCGGGCAGCCGAGAAGGGCCCAGCCCGGGCAGCGGCGCUGGGGGGUGGCGGCGCCUCCGCCAGCCUCUCCAAGCAGGUCCACUCCCUCUACACCAUGACGCCCUGCCCGUGA